UUUCCCCUGAUCUAUCAGCCUUUUGAAACUGAGGAGGACCUGCCACCUCGCUUGUUUGAGAAGGAUUUUAUUGACAGCAACUAAUUCCAAUGCAUUUCUUGGUGGAAAGGAGUUAAACAUUUGUGAUGACUCUCUCCAUGUUGCUGGUUUUUCUCUCUCUCAUUCAUAGUGCUUUGCAGCUACUGGAUAAUGAAAUAUUUUUAAUAUAUAAUGAAGACCUCAAGCGCUGUGUACAAGCUCACAGUUCUAGCUCCAUCACAACUGCCACUUGCAACCAGGAUACUCAGUCACAAAAAUUCAGGUGGGUCUCUGAUCACCAGCUUAUGAAUGUAGCAUUGAGGCUAUUUGGAGUGCCUUCAAAGAAAGACCAGGUGAUGAUCACUCUGUAUCCUUGUAACAAGACAAGUGAACUCCAACACUGGGAAUGCAGAAAUGAAACCCUUCUUGCAAUCCAAGGAGAAGAUUUGUUUUUUAAUUCUGGCAGCAGAGAAAAAAGAAAUCUUAUGCUGCAGAAGGAAUCAUGUGUGAGGAGUAAGUGGAAGAUCUAUGGAACCACAGAUGAUUUGUGCUCUCAGGGCUGUGAAGAUUUGUUUUCAUUGCUAGGAAAUGCCAAUGGGGCACCCUGCGUAUUCCCUUUCAAGCAUGGUAAAUGGUAUGCUGAGUGUACAGAUGCUGCCAGGUCAGAUGGCUUGCUCUGGUGUGGAAGAACUGCAGACUUGGACACAGACCAAUUGUAUGGAUUUUGCCCAUUAAAAUAUAAUGAAACUCACAGAUUUUGGACUACAGAUCCUUUGACAGGCACGCACUACCAGAUAAACUUCCAAUCAGCUCUAACAUGGCACCAAGCACGGAAAAGCUGCCAGCAACAGAAUGCAGAAUUAUUAAGUAUUACAGAGAUACAUGAGCAAAUGUAUCUGAGAGAUUUGAUUGAUAGGAUGAGAUCGGCUCUCUGGAUUGGGCUUAACAGUCUGAAUUUCAACUGUGGAUGGCAAUGGAGUGGUGGCAGUCCUUUCAGAUAUUUAAACUGGGCUCUAGGAAACCCUUCUCUGGAACCUGAGAAAAUGUGUUCAGUACUAAAUCCUAAAGGAGAUGCUAAAUGGGAAAACCGUGAAUGUGAUCAGAAAAUUGGCUAUAUCUGUAAAAGGGAAAACUCCACUUUGGAUUCUUUCUCUCUUCCCUCAGAGUUCUCUGCAUCUAAUAAAUGCCCAGAGGGCUGGUUGCCAUACACAGGUCACUGUUACGUGAUUCUUUCCACACUUUGGGCUCCCUGUGAAACAUUGACUUCCUGUAGAACGGAGGAUGGUGAUUUGGCCAGUAUCCACAACACUGAAGAGCACAGCUUUAUAGUGUCUUAACUUGGGUACAAGCCAACUGAUGAGCUGUGGAUUGGUUUGAAUGACCUCGGGAUUCAAAUGUAUUUUGAGUGGAGUGAUAAGAUGCCUCUGACAUACACAAAGUGGCGUCGUGGAGAACCAACUCAUGCAAACAGCAGACAAGAAGAUUGUGUUGUUAUGAAAGCACAGGAUGGAUACUGGGCAGACAAUGUUUGUGAUAAGAAAUUUGGAUACAUUUGCAAAAAGAAUCCAUUGCAAGACACUCCUGGAACAGUGGAGCACAUUGAUACUAGCUGCCUGAAGGUAAGAUAUGAGCAAGCCUAUCUAACUAGUCUGAUUGGGCUGAGGCCUGAAAAAUAUUUUUGGAUCGGUCUUUCAGAUGUAGAGAAUCAUGGAACUUUCAAGUGGACCGAUGGUGAAGCAGUUCUGUUCACUCACUGGAAUUCAGCAAUGCCUGGAAGAAAGCCAGGGUGUGUAGCAAUGAGAACUGGAAGUGCAGCUGGAUUAUGGCAUGUUCAGGACUGUGAAGAAAAGGCAAAAUUUCUCUGCAAACAACCAGCUGGAGCAAUGACCUUUCAUCCUCCUGUUCCAGAAAAAAAUUCUUACUCCAAAUGCCCCAUGGGUUGGGAUUCAGACAAUAACAUCAGUUCAUGCUUCAAACCUUUUGUGAGAGAAGGAAACCAAAAGAAAUCAUGGCUUGAAGCUCGAGAUUUUUGUAGAGAGAUAGGAGGAGAUCUGGCUGCCAUCAAUAGUAAAGAAGAAGAACAAGUGAUACAACAUUCGAUAGUGGACAAAGGACUGUCAUUUCGGCCUUUCUGGAUUGGUUUAUUUUGCCUGGAUCCUGAUGAGGGCUUUUUUUGGAGUGAUGGCUCUCCAAUGAUGUACAAAAACUGGUAUACUGAACCUAGUAAUGAGCAUGGAAUUGAACAUUGUGGAACAGUCAAUGAAGAGUUUUCCAUGGACUGGAUUAACACACACUGUGAACAUUUUAAUGAUUGGAUUUGUCAAAUAGAGAAAGGUUUGUGGAAUGAUAUCAACUGUGGUAUUCCAAAUGCCUUUAUCUGUGAAAGGCAUGGUAGUACUGUAAACUCAACAUUUGCUGUGACAGCACCUUCUCCUCCAGGAGGAUGUCCUGAAAGUUGGCUUUUGUUUAGAAAUAAGUGUUACAAAAUUUUUGGCUCCAGAGAUGAAGAUAGAGUUAUGUGGGUUUCUGCACGUAGAACUUGUGUAAAGUUUGGAGGAAACCUGGCUAGCAUACCUAAUGAACAAGUGCAAGCUUUCCUCACUUACCACUUAAAAGAUGCCAAAACUGAUGCCUGGAUUGGAUUGAAUGAUAUAAAUUCUGAGCUCCACUUUGUUUGGGCAGAUGGAAGUGGUGUCUACUACACUAACUGGAUUGCAGGUUCACCUGUAGUUGGAGAAAUCAUCCUAUAUGAUUCUCUGCAGCCAGAGACUGGCAACAAUCUGUAUCAGCUGGAUUGUGUUGUUGUGAAAACAGGUCCUGUUGAUAAGAUAGGGCAAUGGAAGGAUGAACCGUGUUAUGAAGCCAGAGAAUUUAUAUGCCAGAUGGACAGUGACCCUAAACUGUCUCAUUCCCCAACAACAAUUCCAGCCUCUGACUUUACCCGUUGUGGUGAUAGUGGCUAUUUAGUCAUCCGUUCCAAAAUGAAAUGGGAAGAGGCACGAAAAAACUGCCAGGAGAAAUCCUCAGAACUUGCCAGUAUUUUGGAUCCCUAUAGCCAGUCAUUUCUGUGGCUCCAGGUGUUAGAAUAUGGGGAGCCUGUAUGGAUUGCUCUUAACAGUAAUGUGACCAAUGGCAAUUACAAAUGGAUGGAUAAAUGGAGAAUGUGGUAUUCUAAGUGGGCCAGUGACGAGCCAAAGCAGACACUAGCUUGUGUCUAUCUAGACCUUGAUGGAACCUGGAAAACAGCAUCUUGUGAUCAAAAAUUCUUCUCUGUCUGUAAACAGUCCGAUGUUAUGGCCCCUACUGAUUCUCCACAACUCUUUGGAAGAUGCCCUGAAUCAGAGGAACACAGAUCUUGGGUUCAUUUCCGCAGUCAUUGCUACUACAUCGAGUCCUCGUAUACAAGAAACUGGGCCCAGGCUUCCCGAGAAUGCACUCAAUUAGAUGCUACUUUGGCUUCUAUAGAAGACCAUGCUGAAUCUACCUUUCUGUCACAUAGCAUAAAGCCACUUGAAAGUAAAAUAAGCAGCUUUUGGACAGGAAUGAGCAAAAAUGUGAAUGGUCAGUGGUUAUGGAGAGACAACACUGCAGUGGAUUUUGUCAACUGGAAUGAGGGAGAGCCUUCAAGUUAUGGUAAUGAGAAAUGUGUCGAAAUGUAUGCAUCAUCUGGAUACUGGAAUGAUGCUCAAUGUUCUUACAAAAGAGGAUAUAUUUGUAAAAAAUCAGAAAGUAUUAAAACAGUAUUGACUGAGAAGCCACCAGAGACGAAAGGAGAGGAAAAGGAUGAAGAGGUUUCUGGAUCCUCCACCAAGGUCACUUGGCUUGUAAUUAUUCUGGUCAUUCUGAUUCUAGCAGGAUCUGGAUGUGCAGCCUAUUUCUAUGUCAAGAAAAAAGACCAAGACCACUUCUUACCUAUUGUAACUCGAAUGAGUGAUACAAAAGAAUCUGUCGAUAACCAGGAGCAAGAUGAGCAUGCUGUUGCCUAAUGGGAUAAAAUGAUUGAAUAAUAUGUCUAAUAUUAAUAAAAUUAUGCAAUUGGAAUAAAUGAAAUCUUGGCCAACAUUGCUUUCUCAUACCAAAAUAGUCUGUUUCACAAUCCCUGCAUAUGUGUAUACUCAACAUAAAUAAAAUAUAUUGGUAGACAUGAUUAUUCCUUUUAUAGUCUUGCAG